AAGAGCUGAACAAGGUGAACCUCUUCUUUUCAGGUAAACAACUCUAAAGUACUGUUUGCGGAUCAUUUACAAUUCAUGUUGAUACAUAUUCAGUAUUACCUAUUUCUAUUUUAUAGAGAAGCUAUCCGAAGCUCAAAACAGACUGGCAACACUUGGGAUUGUAGCUCAGGAAGUUUCUGGACCCAAAGUUUCAGGAGAUAACUGUGUCAUCAGUGUCCCACCUACCAAAAGAAGAAGAACCCAUCUAAAACAAAUCAAAAUGGCAGUUGGUGAACUAUACCUGAGCUUGGCCUUUCUGCAAAAAUACCAGGAAUUCAACUACAAGUGUUUCUGCAAGAUCACCACAAUGUAUGAUUCAAAGUUUGGUUGUGAACAUGGCCUAAAAUGGAGAAAUGAAAGGCUUGACACAUCUCUGCUCAACACAGACAGAGGCAAAUGUGAACAUUUCAUGUCUAAACUGGAGACGUUCAUGAUUCAGCUGGAAGGGGGUGACAAAUUGAGAGUGAUGAAAAGACUUGAGGUUCCACCAAUGGACAAAAUAACGGUAAUAACGAAAAGCCUCAUCUGUGAAAUAAAACUAUUGGCUGUCAUACAGCAAGCGUACUAAAUCAUGAUUUCCAGUUAAACAGACUAAGGACCA